AUGCUCGCCCUGCACGACGGCAGCUUCCUCGCCCACCGGGACGCCGUCUUCGACGCCGCCGACUGUCGUGGCCAGAUGGCCGCUAGGGCGUUGCUGAGGACGGUCUCGCAUUUUUACAUUUCCCCGGAGCGCCGGGCCGGGCCCUUUCAUGUUCAAAUGACCGACGUCCACGCAAGCAACAUCUUGGUCGACGACGACUGGAACAUCACCUGCCUGAUUGAUCUGGAGUGGAUCUGUUCGCUACCCGCAGAUAUGAUUUCCGUACCUUACUGGCUCACGGGACGCGGCAUCGACGAGCUUGUGGGGACGAUCUUGCCCAGUUCGACCAGGUCCGCCAGGCGUUCAUGGAGGUUUUAG